AUGUCAAAUAAUUUAAAAAUAGAUGAAGAUAAUAAUUUAAUAUUUCAAAAUAUCGAAACUAAUAACGUCGCGAAAGAAAUAAUACCAGAGGAAAAUAAAAUAUAUAAUGACAAUAAUGAAAAAAAUGAGAAAGACAUAUUAAUUGAUGUAAAUACAGAGCCAACAAAAAAUGAGUUUAACAAAGUAGAAAUAUAUAAUGACGAAAAAAAUAUAAAAUUAUUAAAUAAAGAUGUUGAUUGUUCUUUAAGUUUAAGGAUUAUUCAAAUUCCAGAAUUAAAUGAAACUCAAAAUGAAAUAAUAAAUAAAAAAACAAAUAAUUAUACAGAAAAUAAUAUCGAAUAUAAUGAAAAUCAUUAUAAUGGUAUUAAUACAAUAUGUGAUGAAAAAGAAUGCUCUUAUAGUAUUACUAAAGAAAUAAAUAAAACAUUACCAAAUUUAGAAAAUAAAAUUGAUGGAAUAGAAAAAAUAGAUAACACUGUAGAAAAAACAAAAUAUGUUCUACAAAAUAUUCAAAGUGAAAUUUUUGAAAAUAAUAGUGAUAAAGACAAAAAUCUUGAAAUGUUUUCACUUAUGAACACAGUUAAUAAUUUUAAAACUGAAAUCGAAAAUGAUAAUAAUAAUAUUUUUGAAACAAUUAGUAAAAAAGGGUUACUAUUUAUAUUAACUAUACAAGAAGUAUUUAUAAAUAAAACACAACAAAUAUUAUGUGCAAAAUGUUGUAAUGAAAUGCAUUGCAUUGAUAAUAUUAAUAGUAUUUUUAAAGAUAUUCUUAAAUUGAAAAUAGAAAAACAAACAAAUGAAAUAUAUAUGGUUCGAUUUUUAGAAAAAUUAAAAACGGAUUCUACAAAAUCGAAUACAAUACUAAAAGACAAAAUCAAUGAACAAUAUAUUUUAAUAAAUAAAUUAAUUAAAGAAAAACAAAUUCUUAACAAUACAAUAAAUAAAUUAAAACAAAAUAUAUUAUUAAUGCAAAAUGAAAAUAAUGUUUCAUCUUCAAAUAUCAAAAUAAAAAUACAUAACCAUUUCCUUAUUUUCACAGAUUAUGUAUAUCAAUUGUUACUAAAAAUUUAUUCUGAAUUUUCAGAAAAAAAUGAUAAAUUAGCUUGUCUAAUUGAUAAAUUAAAAUCGAUAAUGUUAGAAGAUCGAGAACAUUUUCCUAAUAUUGAAAAAAAAAAAAAAAAAAUAGUUAGUCUUUUAGAAAAUAUUAAUGAGACUGAUAAAAAAAAUUGCAAAUCAGAAAAAACAAAGAAAAAUAAAAGAACAAACAAAAAAAAUAGUAGUAAUAAUAACAAAAUAUCAAAAAGUAAACGUAAAAAACAUAUUCAAAAAUAUUCAGAUAGUGAAUAUACGGAAAAUAUAAGUUCAACUUCACUAUUUAAUAAAUCCAAAUUAUCAACUUAUUCUUCAAAAAAUAUGACUUGUUCAGAAAAAAAUGAAAAUUCUGAAAUUCUAUGUUCAGAUAAUUAUGCUGAACAAUUAUCAAGCGAAAUGUUUUUAUCAGAUUUAACAAAUAUGAAUACAAAAAUUUGGGGAAUUCGGAAAAAAAAAAAAAAAAAAAAUAAUAAUGAUAAUAGUUUAGUCAUUUGCAAAAACACAAAAGAAAAUAGUUACCUAUUGAAAAAGAAAAAAAAAAUAAAAUCACGACCCUUUGGUUAUAAUGAAAAGGAAUUUGAUAAAAACAUAAAUUCGAAAAGUUUUAAAAGUAGACAAAUACGAAAGGAAUUAAGUAAAUAUAAAAAACGUUAUAUUGAAGAAAUGAAAAGAAAUAAAACAUUGAAAUUUCUUCUAAAAAACAAGGAUGAAGAAAUAGAACAAAUAAAAAAAGGAAUUCGUAGUGAAAUGGAAAGACAGCAAAUAAAGUAUGAAGAAAAUGAAGAGAUUCAAUUAAAAAAAAUAAAUGAAAUGAAAAUAUUAUUAGACAAUCAUAAAAUUAACAACGAACAGUUGGCAAAUAGAAACAAAGAAUUUAAUGAACUAAAUGAUGAAUUAAAAAAAAAAAUAGAUAUGUAUAUAUAUUCAGAAAAAAUGUUAAAUAGCAAAUUAAUAGACUUAAAUAUAUCACUUACAAAAGAAAAAGAAAUAAAUAAUAAUUUAUUAUCAGAAAAUAUAAAAUUAAAAAAUAUAAUUCUCCAAGUUAAUAAUAAACAUAUUUAUUGUAACAAACAAUAUGAAAAUCAUAUGGAAAAUUUUACAAAUAAUCAAAAUUUAAAUUAUAUGAAUAAAAAUGAAAUAAAUGAUCAAAAUAUAAAUAAUUAUAAAAUAUUUUACAGAAAUUCUGCUGGUUCAUACCUUAAUGAAAUGGACAAAAAAUAUUUUGACAUACAUAAUGAUAUAUUCACAAAGUUUCCGAAACAAAAUAUGGGGAAUUGCAUAGAUUGUAUGCAUGAAAAUAAUGAAACUAUAAAUUUUAAUUAUAAAUUAAUAAAUCAAAAAAAAAAAAAUCGAGAUAAAAAAGAUAUAGACAGAUGUAGAUUUGAUCCAAGUCAUAGUUAUGAAACUGUUAAUAAACAUAGUGAUUACGGAGAAUAUUAUAAUAAAUCUUUUAAAAAAAAAUAUUAUAAAAAUAAUUAUAAAUUUGGUGAUAUAGGUUCUUCAUGUUAUAGUGACAAUUAUAUUGAUGUAAAAAAAACAAGAAAAAACUAUAAAUUAGAAAAAAAAAAAAAAUCAAAAAAACGAAAAAACAGCAUAUCAUCAGAAAGUAUAAAUAAUAGUUCAGAUCAGAGAGUCACAAACGAAAUAAAAAAAGACCUUUUAAAUUUUAAUGAAACAAAUUAUAAAAAUAUGAUAAAAAAUAUAACUAAAGAAAAAAAUGAAAUCGAAAAAAUAAAAGAGGAUGAUUUAUAUUCUAUAUUUAUGCAAAAUUGGGGAGAUUCAAAUAUAUUAAGUAAUGAAAACAUAGAAGCAUUAAAUUUAAGUUCAUCUUUUUUAAAUAAUUUAAAUGCUAAUGAAGCAUCUACUAAUGAGGAAAUAAAAGACAGUGGUUUAAAAAAUGAAAUAAAUGCCAACAAUCCUAUUGAUUCAUUUUCAAAAAAUAAUAAAAUUUCUACAAAAAAAAAUCAGGAGCAAAAUACAAACCUAUAUUAUAAUAAUCAGAUAUAUAAUUUAGAAUCAGUUACACCGAAUAAGGAAGAAAAAAAUAUAGAACAACAAACGUACUUGAAUCCAUCAAAUUCACUAUUUAACCAUAAAAAAGAUGAACUAAGUUUAGAAAUGAAUAAUUCAAAAGAAUUUAUUCAAAAUGUUGAAAAUAAAAACAUUGAUUUAGAUAAAGAAGAAAAUAAUCAUACUAAUUUGAUUGAAACAAUUGUUAAUAAAAUUUCUGAUAAAGAAAAUAACGAAGGGAAUGAUAUUUUAAUAAACUAUGAAUGGUACAAAAAAAAUAAAGAAAAAUAUAUGCACAUAAGUUUAAAAAAUAAAAUGGAUAAUUCAAAUGAAUCCGAAAUAACAAGAAAAGAUGCGAAAAAUGUUUUAAUAGCUCAUACAUUAAAUAAAUUGGAUCCUAAAACAGAUAAUAAAAAUAUUCCAGAAAAUACAACAUCAAAUAUGUGGAACAAUAAUGAUUUUAAUUUUAUAAAUAAUAAAAAAAGUGUUGACAAUCCUCAUUACAAUAGUAACUAUUCUGACAAUAUUUCCAAAAAUUUAAACGGUAUUAGUUUAAAUAAUAGUGAUGCUCAUGAUAUUUGUAAAUCCUUAAACCAGGAAUGCGAUAAUCAAAACGAGACAUUUUUCCAGCCAAUAAAGAUCGAUACCGAUUUCGGGUCGAGAAAAGGUGCACUAAAUGAAGUGGGGGACAUACUAAAAAAUAAACCUACUAAAAUUUCUAUAUCCACAGAAUCACAAAAAAUAGUUGAUCAAACAGUUAGCGGGCAAACACAUAAUAAAAAUAUGAUUUUAUGUAAUGAUACAGUAAAAAAUAUGUGCACAAAUAACAAUAAUAAUAGUAACAAUAUGAAUAACACAAAAAAAAUAGUCAAUCAAAUCUAUAUUAAUAAUAAUUCUUCCCUUUUAAAUGCACCAAACCUUGCAAGUAAUAUUGUGACUUAUAGUUCCACUGAAAAUUAUAAAAAUAUUUCAAACAAUACCAUAAAUUUAGAUAGUAUCAAAUAUAUUGAUCAAAUAAAACAGAAGAAUAUAAAAUUCCACAUGGAACCAGCUCAGGAUAAUCAACAACAAAUAUAUGCUAAUAAUUUAAGUGGAAAUAUAAUAAAUACUGAAUGUAGUAAUAAACAUGUAUUACCAUCUUAUAUUUCAAAUAUAAUAAAUGAAUAUAACAAUGAUAAUAAAAAUAAUUAUGUUUUAUUAAAAGAAAAUGAACAAUAUAAUAUAAAUUCAAUUGCCCAAAAAAAUGAUGUGUGCAAAAGUCCAACAAACAAAAAUAAAAAUACAAAAAAUAGGGGUGUUCUUAGCAGAAUACUACGAAAAAAAUAA